GGCGCGCCGGCGGCCAUGCCGGCGCUAGCGGCGGCGCGGGCGCGGCAUGUGCGGCGCGCGGCCCACGGGAAGGAGCGACUCUCUCGGCCGCGAGCAGGGCGCGACUGACAUCGACCGCGCGGCCCCGCCCCGCGCGCGCGAGUCUGCGCCCUGCCGCCGCCGCCGCCGACACACGCCGCCGACUCCCAGUGCGUCUGCCCUGAAAUGCUCUGAAACUAGCGCUCGACGAGUAGAUAAAUCUAUGAGCAUCGCGUUACAGUCGCAGCCUGACGUGUUCCGAGGCGGAAGAGACACGCCACCGGCCGUGGAAUAAAGAUAGGAACUUCACGAGAUAAAGCGGAAUGGAAAUUAUCAAUCGCAGCAGUAGCUCGGCCUGCGCUAGAUAGAAAACUCGAUCCAUAGCCAUUGCGGCCGCUACAUUGAUGGUUUUAUAACAUAAUUCGCAUACGCAUCGUACUACGUUACGUUUCUCAGCAAGAAUAAGAUUACCCGACCAUGGAAGGCGGCGCGGGGGUGUCCCUCACGCUGGACUGUGAGGAUAUGUUCAAGGAGAUCACGAAGAAGCUGUACGGAGAAGAGACCUCAGUGGGAGUAGGCGUGGUGGGAGUGGAGUUCCCAGCAGCGGAGAGAGACUUGGACGAUGACUUGAGGCCAGAAGAACAUAUCACUGCUUGGGGACUUGCUGCCCUCAUGCAGAAUGGCUUCCCGCCACCUGGAAUUUUACAAGCGAACUUCACACCGCGCAUCGACCCUACAGCCGAAGACCGAUGGACGUCAGCAGACGAGCCGCUGGCGUGGGCGCACUCAAGAGUAGCAUCCUACAACCCAGCUCAACGACUCUUCAAGUGCUGCGAGUGUGAGUGCGUGGGGUUCCUGGCUAGAGUAGCAGAGCACUGGCUAGGGACCCACUCGCAAGCCAGGGCCUUUCAAUGUCCCCUGGCUGGUUGCGGGUUCGCGUCAGGCUGGGCAAGAGGGGUGCGCACACACUUGGCCCGCGAUCAUCACUCGGAUCCCGCGGCGGCCGACCACCUCCUCCGGGACAAUCCUGCCCUUGCCGAUCUUACUAGAUACCUGCAGCGGUUGAAAACUAAGGUGGAGCAAUCCCGUACCGAGCGGCGCGCUGGUAGCGUGGAAAGUCCGGCACCGGCGGACGCGGAGGCCGGCGCGGGCGCAGCCGCGGGCCCAGACGGCGGCAAACGAUACGUCUGCCAGGCCUGCCCCUACGCCACGGACCGGCGAGACCUCUUCACGCGCCACGAGAAUAUCCAUCGAGAUGAAAAGCCGUUCCACUGCUAUCUCUGCCACAAGCAGUUCAACCGUGCGGACCACGUCAAGAAACACUUCCUACGCAUGCAUCGUGACCAGCCGUACGACUUAAACCGGAUCCGGCGCUCAACGGUCAAGUCGCCGCAACAACAGCAACCGCAACAACAGCAGCAGCAACAACAACAGCAGCAACAACAACAACAACAACAGCCGCAACCGCAACCUCAGCCCGUAGUAGUGCCGGCAGCUACACCUAUUUAUUACAGUAAGCCAGCGAGCGAGCCGACACCGGUGCCGACGCAGCCGACGCUGGAGUACCGCGUGCCGCCGGUGAAGUUGGAGCGCCCGGUGCUGGCCAAGGCGGAGCCCCCGGCGCACAAGCCAGCUCCCGCGCCACAGCCAGCGCCUCCGCCCCUGGCCGCGCCCUCGCCGCAACCCACCGCUGUCGCCGCCAGAAGAAAGGUGAUUCAAGGGGAGCGCCGCUACGCGUGCUGCUACUGCGCGUGGUCAGGGGUCGACAACUGGUGUCUCAAGCGGCACCUCAACACGCACCUGAAGCCAUUUGCCUGCUCCCUCUGCGAGUACAAGGCGGCGAGGGCGGAGCGCCUGGCCACACACGUGCACAAGGUGCACAAUAAGAAGGCCUGCGGGAAAUGCCCCUACUUGGCCGAUGACCAGCAACAGUUAGCUCAGCACUUGAGAGAGGCCCACCACAUAGAGAGCCGCAAUCUGAAGGUGCCCUCGACGGGCGUGUCGCGCGCGGCGCCUGCGCAGCCGGCGGUAACGACCGGCUACGUGACUCAGGCGCCCGCCACGCAGACCGAACAGCCAGGCGUCGUGCCUACUAGCGUCGGCAAUGCCGGGACUAAUAUUUUCAAAGCAACGUUGGAUACAGGCGGCGCGCGGCGACGCGAGGGCCGGGCGGCGGGCGCGGCGCGGCUGUUUGGUUACCUGGAGGCCUCCGACGGCUCCGGCGACGAGUACGACGCCCCGAUGGAGUUCGCGCCCGCUCCACCGCAGCAGCAGACCCAACACUUCACCAGGGACAAGGAGAACGCUGCCCCAACACUCCACCACACCAUGCAUCAUGACCACUGCCUGAGAUAUUAGUCUACGGAGUCGGAGUUGUCGCAUAUAGAAUACUUUUUGCAGAUCUGAUUUUCUGAGACUUGACUAACUAUUCAUGCAACAGUAAGGGUAUCUACUAAGCAAAGAGGAGAAGACACGAGCGGAGACGUAUUAAAUCGACCAAUCACAGCCCGCGAGAGCGAGAGAGGACGCUCUGUAGCGCUCCCCUUCGCGGCGAUUGGUCUCCGCCUUAGUGACUUCAGUAGAAGCUCAUCCUUAUUGUGACCAGAUUCAAGAAACCUACUAUACUACAUACAACGCAAUAUGCAUAUUCCACAGUUAUCGUUCCGAGAGUUUAAUAUUGUUAUUUUAUAUACAAAAAUAUCUUGAAUCUGGAUCGAUAGUGAUAAUAAUAGUUAUGUAUAAUUAGAUGUAAUUUAAAGACCAUUUCCAUAUGCGACGACUCAGUCGCUUCGCCGAUUUCUUAAGAACCCGUGUACAUUAUUGUCUUUAAUAUAGUUAUAUUAUAUAUUAUUAUGUAAAUAUUGUUUCAACCAAAGCAUGAUGCACACAGAGCCAAAAAAGCGGAACAAGCGGGUAGGGGCGCGAAUUUUGGUUACCUAUUUAACUCUGAUUAAGGCCGAUCACAUACAUUCGGAAUUUCGAUUCGAAAUAUCGAUUAGUAAUAUCGAACGCAUUAAAUCCAUACAACAUCUAUGAAUCAGCCACAUACAUACAGUUUUUUUCCGUUCGAAAUUUAAUCUGAUUCGGAAUGUCUGAACUCAAGUUCUAGCGUCGCUCAACUGAGCCUUGUUAUUCCAAACGGAAGUAAACGUAUGUGUGUGAUAUAAUAACGGAAUCCCGAAACAGUAUUUCCAAUCGAAAUUCCGAAACGGAAUUCCGAAUGUAUGUGACCGGCCCAAAUCUUACAACUUUGUCAGUAUACAAAGUUUAAAAAAAUCUAAUCAUCAAAACUAUUUGCAAGAGUCUGGAGGGCCUGUCCGUCGGAGGUCCGUGAAGCUCUGCUAGACGGCUCCAAUCCGAAUUCUAAUGUUUCAGAAUGGGGCCAUCCAAUCGCUAGAAAGCAAUUAGGGUUGUCGCGCACCAGCCGCAUGACACGAGACUCGAUUUCGGCUUUUUGGCAUAGAAUAAAUAGAACGGUAUCUCUCCGUCCCGCACCAAUUCGUAUAGGACGCCGAACCUCACCCCCUCUUGGUUUUACUUUAGUCUUAAAUGGCCGUAAGCCGCUAAGGAGUAAGGGGGAGCGCGCGCAAACUUUUUCUCUCUCGCACUUAUACGUUAAGAGUGAGAUUUUGUACGGUUUUUGCGGACACCACGCAAUGGCCGUGGGUGAGAGCCUUCAGUGUGGGUGAGAGCCUUCAGCGCUCCCCAUUUGUCCGGCCAAGUAGUUAAUGCCAUCUGCGGCAAAUCUACAAUAAGUCACGUCAAAAAAAAAAAAAAACGCAAUGGCCGCGAAACCGUAUGCACCGCAGCAAACGUGUCCGACGCACUGCAACAGCGCGGCAGCCCUAAAUGCAUUCUAAAUGUGUUGUUAUAUUGGACUCUUAAGGCGCUAAGAGCCUUUUGAGAAUAGUUUAUCAAACCGCAAGCGACCCAUUGGCCCCGCUCUCCUGGCUCUGUGUACAGCAAAUAAGAGUGCACUACUAAGCUGAGAAAUCGACGUUAACGACACAUUGCGAUCUAUAAACCAUCGAUGUACAUGUACCUGCCUGAUUCGA